AUGGGUCACAAUAGCACAUCCUCACCAAUGCUCAAAACCGAGCUCAUAAUUGACACCGGCAGCAGCCUCACUUGGGUGCAAGCUACUCCAUGUGACUCCUGCUAUGAACAAGGCACAUUCCCAUACUACAACCGUUUUGCUUCUGAAAGCUAUGAAGCAAUUAAUUGUAAAGAUGAGAUUUGUAAAGAUGUCCCUCGAGCUUCGCACAAUGAGUGUCUCGACUUACCCUGGGACUCAAAGGAGCCUUGCUCGUAUGAUACCGAAUAUGGUGAUGGAACUACCUCUAGUGGUGUCAUUGGUACCGAGACUUUUUACUUUCAAGACCCGUAUGUUGGGUUUGGGAAUGAGCCUGUGACGUUUGUGCCUUUUGGGUUAGGAACGUCGAAUCAUAUCCCUCAAUGGGUUAACGCGAGUACCCCUGGCAUUGCAGGUCUCAUGCGUGGUCCUGGAACCUUGAUCGACAGGCUAAAGGUGAAGAAAUUCUCUCAUUGCUUCUCCCGCGAUGAGGAUGCCACAGGAAAGUGGAUUCCGAUGGAAAAUGAUGUCUUGCCAACUAAAAUGAUGUUUGACACAGGAUUUACUCAUAGUUUUCUAGACCCGGAUAUAAUGGACGCAGUUGUGGAAGCCAUUAAGGAUGCUCUAGGAAGAUACCAACCUCGAAAAGUUAAGGGCUUUGAGCUUUGCUAUGACUUGACCCAGCUAUAUUCUGUUAGCUUGGAUGAGGUAGCUAAGAUCACUUUUGAGUUCAAUUAUACCACCGAUAUUCAUAUGUUUUCUUUUCAUCUUUGGGAACGACAAAACGAGAAUCAAUUGAUUUGCUUAAGACUCCGUAGAGGACCCCCAAAAGAAAACAUAUUUGGUAACAAUCUAAUGCGAGAGGUAAACAUAGGAUAUACUCUUGACGAAGAUGAUUUGGCCAUGUAUUUUCAUCGCCAGCAUUGUACGUAA